AUGGGUCCUUUCAUUUUAUUUAUCGUGGCAUUUAUCUUAGAAACGGGUGUGUCAGCAAUAGAGGUGACUUUGUCAGACAAUGGGCCUGCGGUCCGAGGUGCUGCUGUAACAUUUACAGCUAAUAUAACAUCGGAUUACACAGGGGAAAAAUUAAAAUUCGUGUUUACUGACAGUGCGACACCACAACAUAGUAAAGAGAUUAUUAGCCCGGAUCGAACGGUCAACUUCACAGUCGAAUAUUACCGAGACAUCUACGAAGCGAACCAGUACGUAGUUAAUUUGGAAGUGAAGAAAUAUUAUUUUGAAAGCCUAUGGUGGACUGUCGCAACUGCUUUCACGGCGUUUAAUCUAACAGAUACACUUCACGGUGAUAUGAAACUGAAGCAGAACGAUGCAGAGAGACCAAAUAACUUCGUGGCCGUCAACAACACAGUCACCCACUUCGUUAAACUCCAUGAGAGUGAACUGGAGUUCUUGAAGAAGAAUGCCUCAUCGAUCCAAACACACUGGUUCAUAGACUGCGUCUACAUAGACGCUACUUCUGACUUCUCAUUAAAUUAUACGUACGAAGAUAAUAUGGGCAGUCACGAAGUAGAAGCGAUAGUCGUUGCUAACAACGAGCCUUUGCCGCCGUUGACGACAACGACUACAACAACUACCACGACUACAACUACUACAACUCCUAAGCCUACAACUGCUGGACCAACUACACCUAAAGCGUCAACUACGACUCAAGUACCUUCAAAUGCUUCGUCAACUCCUGCACCAAUACCGUCGAAUAUCACCGAUGUUAAUAGUACUGCACCCCACAAAGUGUCUAAACGUGCUAUAUCUAAUAGAACUCUAAAAGGCCCAGACGGUUCACCACUCACAUGCAACAAUACGAUCCCAAUAAGCAGUGGCUACACCUAUGGAAGAUAUCGGCACAACAUAUUUGUAAGAGAGCCGAUAACAACAGUGAACAUAACUGGAUUAAACUGGCUUCAGCACGGGGACCUUUUGAACAUGAAUGUCAAGUAUACAGGCUCCCAACCCUUCAACUACUGCAUUCAGUAUAAGUUAGGAGAGUACAAUAUCACUGGAAAUGAGACCUGUCCCUCUCCCAUGACGACAGUCGCCAAUUCCUUCCCCCUAGUCCAUUAUUUCUCAGACAGUGAUAAGCAUACAGUUGUAGUUAUCAUAGAAAAUGAAAUUGGGAAGUCUGUUGCGAAAUCCACUAUUAAUAUUUACAAAGUAUCGGUGCACGCGCAGUUGUCCGUCAUAGUGAUACCUGUGUUCUUCUGUCUCGUCGCCGUCAUCCUAGUCGUGUUUGGUAUUGCUUAUUACCAACAUCGAUCAAGGCACACGAUAGAAGUAGCGGACUUCGACUUCGGCCAGGCGCAUCUCGACUACAAAACGUUCACAGAGCGACUUCGAGAUAGCUUCAGAAACGCCUUCAAUUUCCGCCAGAGGGACGACACGGACCCUCUCACAAAUAACACUAGAUACGAUUCAAUGACGUAA